ACAACUGGUUGGUCCGUUUCCGUGAACACAGGGUUCACUGCUAGUGGUACAGGAAGUAGAGACGGCUGCUGAUUGGUUCGUUCCCGUCAACACUAACCCGUGGUAGUGGUAACGAAAGUAAAAAUGGCUGGUCGACUGUCCCUGGCAGAGGUGGAUCUCUGCUGCGCAAUCUGCUGCGACAUCUUCCGAGACCCCGUGGUGCUCCAGUGCAGCCACAGCUUCUGCUCUGGCUGCCUGCGGGACUACUGGGCGAGCCGGGGGGGCGGACGGGACUGCCCGCUGUGCCGGAGGGAGUCUUCCGACGAGCCAGUGCCCAGCCUCACCCUCCGGAACCUGUGUGAGGGCGCAGAGCCCUCGUCCUUAUCGUCGCCGCCGGAGGAGCUGUACACCGACCCCGGGGAGAUGUGCCCCCUCCACGGGGAGCGGCUGAAGCUCUUCUGCCGGGACGACCGGGAGCCCAUCUGCGUGAUCUGCCUGACGUCCCGGAGACACGAGGGGCACGACUGCUGCCCUGCGGGCGAGGCCGCCGCGGACAUGAAGGAGGACUUGAAGACCUCCCUGAGCGAGCUGCAACAGAAGAUGGUGGAGUUGGAGAAGAUGAAGCAGAACUACACGGACACCUCAGCGCAUAUCGAGAUGCAGGCCCAGUUUGUGGAGCGGCGGAUGCACCAGGAGUUCCAGGAGCUGCGGGACUUCCUGGACGAGGCUGAGCGUACAGCCCUGCAGUCGCUGAAGCAGGAGGAAGAGGAGAAGAGAGGGGUGGUGAGGAGGCUGACGCACGAGGUGGAGGUCAACAUCUCGUCUCUGUCCGACGCCAUCACGACGCUGGAGGAAGACAUGGCCCUGGACGCAGUUCCUCUCUUGCACAAAUGCAAGGACGGCAGCAUUGGAAGUGCCACCACCCCAGACUGUGCUGCUAUGCCGCCGGGAACCCUGAUCGACGUGGCCAGCUACCUAGGCUCGCUGCAGUACUCUGCGUUGGUGGGGAUGUACGAGACGGUCCGUUACACUCCGGUGACCCUUGACCCCAACACCGCCGCCCCCUGGCUCCGCCUCUCGGACGACCUCACGGAGGUCAGCGACACCGACGACCGGCCGAAGCUCCCCGACAACCCGGAGCGCUUCGACCGCGACGCCGGCGUGCUGGGCCACCGCGGCUUCUCCUCGGGCUGCCAUUGGUGGGACGUGGAGGUGGGCGAGAACACGGCCUGGGUGGUGGGCGUGGCCGGCGAGUCGGUGAAGCGGAAGGAGAAGGUGUCGUCGGUGCUGAAGAACGGCUACGUCACCGUGUACUUCUACCACGAAAUGUACUUCGCCGGCACGUCGCCACUGUCGCGCCUCAUCCUCAAGUCCCGCCCCAAGAGGAUCCGCGUGAGGCUGGACUACGACAAGGGGCGGGUCUCGUUCCACGACGCCGACCGGAACGUGCUCAUCUACCUCUUUAAGCACAGUUUCAACGAGAAGGCGUACCCCUACCUUUGGGUGGGCUGCAAGCUGAGCCCACUGAAGAUCACGGCAGGGGAGGGGGUGCUGAAGGUAGUCCAAUGAGGUGGAGGAUUGUGUUGCAAAGCAAUCUAGAUCUUCUCUGGGGGGGGAAGUAACAGCCUUGGCCAAAGCGUUCCUGUUUACAAUGUAUUUGGGUGUGUGUGAGGGUGUGUGCGCACGUUUGUGUGUUAACAAAACAUGAUUGUAUCUUGAUCAAAUGUAUCAAAUGAGUAAUGGUCUUCGGAAGACAAAAGACAUUGUGUCAAUAACAGAAUAAUACAGAUAUAUAUCAGUCUUCUCAAUAAUCGUUUGUUUAUUGUAUGCCACUAAAUCCUAUUUACUGCAGCUUUUGACUUAAAAGCCUCGACUAUUUCUUUUCCUUUUCAGCAUUUGCAGAUAAGAAAAAAAUUAAAUAAAUUUGCUUUCAAAAAUCUUUUCAAAUACGCUCUUAAUUUUUUUUAUGAAAAUAUAACUCAAAAACAAGAACUAGGGAGGCAUCCGGCUCAUGUGAGGAGCCAUUCAUACACCUAUCAAUUCUAGAGAUACCAACAGGCCGGGUCGAGGCCUGACUGUGCGUAAUGCCCGCACAUAGCCACAAGAGGUAAAUUCAUUCAAUUUUAUUUGUAUAGCCCUUAAUCACCAUUACAGUCUCAAAGGGCUUAACAGGCCAAAUAUUUAUGAAACCCUCCCUUUACCCAAGCCCCCCACAAGGGCAAGAAAAAACUCCCUUAAAUCAGCAAGGAAGAAAUCUUGAGAAGAAACGCAUAGUAGGUGGUCAGGAGUGCAAUGGGUGCGAUAAUUGACAUACAGGUAAAUACAUGCAAAACAUUAAAUUGAUGAUGGGGUGCUAGCCGGUUAACCAUGAGGAAAGUCCAGACAUCCAGGUCAGGACCAAGCCACAAACCAAGUUGUAAUGCCCAUACAUAGCCACAAGGGACCAGCAUCAAGUACACAUACGGGUAUCCAGGAGCUCAGCUCAGCACCAUGCUUAGCCAAUCAGAGCACAAUACGGAGGCCACGCCUGUUCAUUAUUAAAGUCACAAUAAAGCCCAAGGGACCAGAACACUCUAGUCAACGC